ACUCGAGAAAGUAGAAAUUAACAUAGGAUUCUCUUUAUCUAUGUAAUAUUUAUUAAUUAACAUCACGAGAACAACGAAUAUAAUCACUGAGUGGUCGAUUUAGUAUGGAUUUUAAUAAGAUUUAUCCAUAUUAAAUUACAACUAACAAAAAGUAAUAUAAAGUCAUAUUCUCCACAGAUAAAAAAAUGAAUAUCAUACUUAUAAACUCCACUAAUUUGUCUUGUAGAUAAAAAAAAAAUGAAUAUGAUACUAACUCCACUUCAAAAAAGAAAAAGAAGCCCAGUUUUGAAAAGCAAGUCUUCUUUCACUUUGUAACAAUAGCCAUACCUUUGUUUUCUUUUCCUUUCCUUUCCUCUACAUAUCCUUUCAUCUUGUAAACUAUCUUAUUUUCUUUGAUCUGCCAAGCUACAACUCCCUCAUGUCCAGUUAUUUCUUCAAUAUUCACUGAAAAAGACUAUCUCUUCUUAUUCUACAGUGGAAUUAUAUUGUAAUAAAGCAGCGGAGACGAAAAUGGCUGAGACGUUCUUAACUCCAGUCAUUGAGAGCUUGAUUCAGCUACUUAAAGACGAAGUUAGAUCCUUCAAAGGUGUCCAUAAAGAAGUUGAAAGCUUAAAGAAAGAACUCGAGAUCAUUCAGUCUCUUUUCAAAGACACAGAUGAGAGGGAGUUAGCCAGUAAUGCUGUGAAAAUCUGGAUGAAACAGCUCAGAGAACAAGCUGAUCACAUAGAGGAUGUUGUUGAUGAAUACCGAUGGCAUCUCGCGCAGGGUGCUACUGACAAGAGUGGAUUCAUUGGCUUUUUCAGCAAAAUAGGUGCUCGAAUCAAAGCUUUAAAGUCCCGUUAUCCUUUAUCUUCACAUAUUAAAGACAUUAACCAAUCUUUACGAAGAAUCAAAGAGACAGGCCAAGGAUUCGCCUUGGGUCAUUCCCUACAGAGAGUACAAGGGUCAACUAGCAAAAAUUCAUGCAUAGAAGAGCAAGACUUACGACUUGGUUCUCAUUUUGUUGAGCAAGAUGACGAAUACUUGGAUGUUCCUUUGGCUCACAAUAAAUUGAAAAACUCUUUGGUGGAAGGAAUGUCUGCACGUAUGAUUGUAUCAUUGGUAGGUGAAGGAGGAAUUGGCAAGACUACUCUUGUUAAGAAAGUCUAUGAUGAGGUGAAACACAAAUUUGAUUGUCAUGCUUGGAUCACUGUAUCUAAAUCGUAUGAUGUGAUAGCUUCAUUGAAGGGCACGAUGAAACAGAUUGGUUUAACAGCUGAAUGCACAUCUUUUGAUUAUGAUACGAUGAUCCAAGAAUUAAUUACACCGCUCCGUCAACACUUGGAGACCAAAAAGUAUGUAAUUAUUCUUGAUGAUGUUUGGGAUGCAGGGUUUUGGGAAAAGAUGAAAUAUGCUUUGCCUAGUAAUGAUAAUGGAAGUAGGGUUAUUAUCACAACAAGAAAUGAAACAGUAGCCCCUUGCGAUGAUGCUAUCCAAAGGUUGGAAAUUUGGUCUCAUAGUAUGGCUUUUGAGCUAUUCUGUAAAAAGGCAUUUAAACAUGACUUUAAGGGUUGCUGCCCUGAGGAGUUGGUGAAAUUAUCUCAUGAGAUUCUGAAAAAAUGUCAAGGCUUGCCACUUGCAAUAGGGGCUAUAGCUGGUUUACUAUCGAGAAAGAAGAAGGUCCAAUCUGAAUGGAGAAAAGUUCUUAAUGAUAUCGAUUUCGAGUUCAGAACAAAUCCUCAACUUUUAUGGAUUUCAGAGGGUCUUGUUCAAGCAAGGGAAACAAAGUCAUUACAGGAAGAAGCUAAAGGAUACUUGAAUGAGCUUGUUGAAAGAAGUUUAGUUUCAAUUGAGCUAAUGUAUGGAAGAGGGAAGGGGUGUAAAGUGCAUGAUUUGAUGCAUGAGUUCAUUCUAUCAAGAGUAAAAGAUUUAGGAUUUUGCCAAAUUUUGGCAAAAAAUAAAUUUGAAUUUGGAGAAUACAAACAUCGCCGCUUGUCAAUCCACGGAAGCAUACCACAAACUAUUAUAAAAACAAUUCAACAAUGCACAACUGUUCGCUCUAUCUUUCUCCAAAACUUCAAUGACGAUGACCAGUGGAAUGGUAAAUACUUUUUGAUUGCUUUGUUCAAAAAUUUAAAGCUUUUAAAAGUGUUGGACAUUGACGAUGGAACUCUUGAUUAUCUUCCCAAAGAAGUGGGAAAAUUGUUCCACUUAAGGUUAUUGGAUUUGAGCUUUUCAAAAAUUAAAGUUCUUCCAGAGUCCAUUGGCCAGCUACAUAAUCUACAACACUUGAAUCUCGAACGUACCGGUGUGGACAAGCUUCCCAAAUCUAUUGGCAAGCUUCACAAUCUACUUAUUUUGGAUCUUUGGAAUACCUUUGUACGUGAGCUACCAAAGGAGAUAAAUAAGCUUCGCAAUCUUCACAGUCUUUUUGCUUCUCAUAUGAAAUACUUUAUUGAGAUGGAAGAAGAUUUGUUUGGAGUGAAGAUACAAGAAGGAUUUGGUAAUUUGGAGAAUUUAGAAAUGCUAGAAUUUGUUGAAUUGCAUGAGGACGUGGGCGGGUUCACAAAGGAAUUGGAGAAUUUAAGCAAGUUGAAGACUUUGGGUGUGACUAAUGUGACUAAAGAAUCUUCCAGAGCUAUUUGUGCUGUUGCAGCGAAAAAGUUGAGUCACCUUGAAUAUUUGUGUUUGGAUACUAAAGAUGCUGAUGAGUUUCUAGAUUUGGAACCCAUUUCGUCAUCUCCUCCUCCUUUUAUGCAAUCGCUUGAAUUGUCUGGUCGAUUAAGCAAGUUUCCUCACUGGGUUUCAGGUCUCUCUAAUUUAGAGUCGUUCAUUUUAUGUAGUUCAAAAUUGGCAGUGAAUCCACUUAAAUAUUUGAAAGACUUGCCCAAUCUAAUAUGUUGUCGAUUGUAUGAUAAUUCAUAUGAAGGAGAGGAGCUGCACUUCGAGGAAGGUGGUUUUCCAAAGCUCAACGAGCUCCGCUUAAUAAAUUUAUCAGAGUUGAAGUUAAUGAAGAUAGAUAAAGGAGCAUUGCCUCUUCUUACUACACUCUUUAUAUGUUCUUGCCCACAAAUGGAGAGGCUUCCCUAUGGUAUCCAAUAUCUACCAAAGCUAAAAGAAUUUUGUAGCUGGAACAUGUCAGAAGAUUUUAUGGAUCAAGUGAAAGAAAAUGAGGGUCCUGAUUACUCCAAAAUUCAGCAUUUGCCAAUAUUGAAUAUUAAAUGAACUUUGUUCAUUAAAUUUAAUUGAGCUCAGUUGUCGCUUUCUGUUAUUUAUGCGUUAUGGGUGUUAAUUUUUCCUUUUGUAUUUGUUUGUAAUUUUACAGUUUCUGUUUCUUUUAACUAUUUAUAUUGAUUAAGGUUUGAAAUUGAUUAUA